CCCAGAUCUGAGCCCAGCAAGUUGCGACGAUGAUUUGUACGGUGAAAGCGCUAGGUGUGCAUCAGGGAGCAUCGAAGCUGAGCUCUUGUUCUGGCUCGUGAAGGACAGAGAUGAAAGUCGUCAGAACGAUUCUCUACCGGUCAACCUGUCUCGCCUUGACGAGAUUUCGACCUCCUCACGCGCUCAACUUGCUUUCUUCCGUGCCUUCUUCGAGGCGCGUUGCGGCAUUCCGAUCGGGGCGCACGUCCUUGCAUUUCAGACCGGGUAGUGUCAUUCGAGCCAUGACCAGCUCCGGAGCCCGGCUACCGUCCACGGUUCCCUUGUGUCCUACUCCCGGGGAUGGCAAGUACAAGAUUGCGCUUUGCCAGUUGUCCGUCACCAAGGACAAGGUGGUCAAUAUAGCGCACGCUCGACAGGCCAUCGAAGCAGCUGCAGAUGAAGGUGCCCAGUUGAUUGUGCUUCCGGAAAUGUGGAAUUGUCCUUAUUCAAACGACAGUUUUCCACUUUAUGCGGAAGAGACUGAUAAGCAGGGCGCUGAUAUCCCCUCCUCAACAAUGCUGUCAGAUGUUGCACGUAAGAAGGGGGUGACCAUCGUAGGUGGCUCAAUACCUGAGCGGAGUGAAGGGCGUUUGUACAAUACGUGCUACAUCUUCGGGAAGAAUGGAGAGUUAAAAGGAAAACAUAGGAAGACUCACCUCUUUGAUAUUGACAUCCCCGGGAAGAUCACAUUCAAGGAGUCGGAUACUCUUACGCCUGGUGGAGAGUUGACCGUUGUCGAAACAGAUGUGGGACGUAUUGGUGUCGGUAUCUGCUAUGACAUCAGAUUUCCAGAGAUGGCCAUGUUGUAUGCUGCGCAAGGUGUACAUAUGAUAUGCUAUCCAGGUGCAUUCAACAUGACUACCGGACCUUUGCACUGGGAGCUUCUUGCGAAAGCAAGGGCUGUUGAUAAUCAGCUGUACGUUGUAACUUGUUCACCUGCUCGCGACUCUGGAGCUGGGUACGUCGCCUGGGGUCACUCAACCGUGGUUGGUCCAUUUGGAGAAAUUGUUGCAACGACAGAGCAUGAAGAGAAAACCGUGUUUGGAGAGAUUGACUACUCGCGGAUCAAUCAAAUCAGGCUAAACAUGCCCCUCGACACUCAAAGAAGAGGAGACCUUUACUGUUUGGUGGACCAAGAAAGGAAGUAAAUGACACGAGGGUUGUGACAGUUUUCUGGUAUUCUUCGAGAUAUGCAGUAGGCUUGUUAGUGGGCUCCUCAUUUAGACAAACUUUAAGAGUUGUCUGGCAAGUCGUUUACAGCGAAGUGGUUAAAAAAAUCGACAGCUUUGCGAUGUCUGGAGAGUUGCAGCCUUUGUUGUUCGUACAAGCAAGGGGAUUAGAUGACUCGGGCUAAUGUAACCGCGAUCCAGCAAUGUGUACAAUUUUGUUUUCAAUAUUAAAGGGCACGACCUGUGCACUAUGAACCCUAAUUCAAAUGUUUCUUU